ACGGUCACACUCAGGCAGCUGUUGCAAAAAAAAGGCGGAAAAUAAACCUUGCAAAGCAUUUGUUUUAUAUGCGAAAAAUUAGCCUAGUUUAAGUGUUAAAACUUCGCCAUGAACAACACCAAAGUGCCGCCAGAGUGGAAGAGGCGUGUCAAGUCGGAAUAUAUAAAAAUCAGACAGCAGAAGCGCUACAAACGUGCCGAUGAGAUCAAGGAGGCGUGGAUUAAAAACUGGGACGAGCACAACCACAAUGUACAGGAUCUGUAUUGUGAGUCGAAAGUUUGGCAGGCUAAACCUUAUGAUCCGCCGCAUGUGGACUGCGUGAAACGAGCGGAAGUGACCAGCUAUAAUGGCAUUCCCAGCGGUCCACAAAAGAUUCCCAUCUGCGUGAUUAACGCUGUAACUCCCAUACCCACCAUGUACACGUGGGCUCCAACACAGCAAAACUUUAUGGUCGAAGACGAGACUGUGCUUCAUAAUAUUCCGUAUAUGGGCGACGAAGUCCUUGAUAAGGAUGGCAAGUUUAUCGAGGAACUGAUAAAGAAUUAUGAUGGCAAGGUCCAUGGUGAUAAGGAUCCUUCCUUCAUGGAUGAUGCCAUUUUCGUGGAAUUGGUCCACGCCCUUAUGCGUUCCUAUAGCAAGGAAUUGGAAGAAGCCACUCCGGGAACUUCGACUUCCAUUAAAGCAGAAAUAUCUGUUAAACCAAAAGAAGGAGAUGACGAUGAGGAAGUGGAUUUGGACGAGGAAGCUGAAUCGACCAAGAAACCUGACAAAACUGAAAGCAAGUUGGAUGUUCCUAUAGUGGAGAAGAAAGAAAAGGAGGAUCCGGAGGGAUCUGAAGGCCCGGAUGUUAAGCCUGCCGUGGAAGAUGUCAAAGAUAAGUUGCCCUUCCCUGCUCCCAUUAUAUUCCAGGCCAUCAGCGCUAACUUUCCAGACAAGGGCACGGCCCAGGAACUUAAAGAGAAGUAUAUUGAGCUAACAGAGCACCAGGAUCCGGAGCGUCCCCAGGAGUGCACCCCCAACAUAGACGGCAUCAAGGCCGAAAGUGUUUCUCGAGAAAGGACUAUGCACUCCUUUCACACGCUAUUCUGUAGGAGAUGCUUUAAAUAUGACUGCUUCCUGCACCGUCACCAUGUGCAGGGCUUGCAGGGACAUGCUGGUCCCAAUCUGCAGAAGCGGCGGUAUCCGGAGUUGAAGACAUUCGCCGAUCCCUGUAGCAACUCUUGCUAUAUGUUGAUUGAUGGCAUGAAGGAGAAGCUGGCGGCAGAUAGCAAAACCCCACCAAUAGAUUCCUGCAAUGAGGCCAGCUCCGAAGACAGUAAUGACAGUAACAGUCAGUUUAGUAACAAAGACUUUAACCAUGAGAACAGCAAGGAUAAUGGUUUGAGUGUAAAUAGCGCUGCCGUGGCCGAGAUUAACUCAAUUAUGGCUGGCAUGAUGAACAUUACCAGUACGCAGUGCGUCUGGACUGGCGCCGAUCAGGCGCUCUAUCGCGUAUUGCACAAAGUUUACUUAAAGAACUAUUGCGCGAUUGCCCACAAUAUGCUGACAAAGACCUGUCGGCAGGUGUAUGAGUUUGCUCAAAAGGAGGAUGCAGAGUUCAGCUUUGAGGACUUGCGCCAGGACUUUACGCCUCCGCGCAAGAAGAAGAAGAAGCAACGGCUAUGGUCUCUGCAUUGCCGAAAGAUUCAGUUGAAGAAGGACUCGUCAUCGAAUCAUGUGUAUAACUACACUCCCUGCGAUCAUCCCGGACAUCCGUGCGAUGCAAAUUGCUCCUGCAUUCAGACACAGAACUUCUGUGAGAAGUUCUGCAACUGUAGCAGCGAUUGCCAAAAUCGUUUUCCGGGUUGCCGCUGCAAGGCUCAGUGCAAUACGAAGCAGUGCCCUUGUUACCUAGCGGUUCGCGAAUGCGAUCCGGAUCUGUGCCAGGCCUGUGGAGCGGAUCAAUUCAAGUUGACCAAAAUCACGUGCAAGAAUGUUUGCGUGCAGCGGGGACUGCACAAACACUUGCUCAUGGCACCUUCUGACAUUGCAGGCUGGGGUAUCUUCCUCAAGGAGGGCGCCCAAAAAAAUGAGUUUAUAUCGGAAUAUUGUGGAGAGAUAAUUUCCCAAGAUGAAGCUGAUCGCCGUGGCAAGGUCUACGACAAGUAUAUGUGCUCUUUCCUUUUUAAUCUAAACAACGAUUUCGUUGUGGAUGCCACCCGAAAGGGCAACAAGAUCCGAUUUGCCAACCAUUCCAUUAAUCCCAACUGCUAUGCCAAGGUGAUGAUGGUCACCGGAGACCAUCGCAUUGGAAUCUUUGCCAAGCGGGCCAUUCAACCUGGUGAGGAGCUCUUCUUCGACUAUAGAUAUGGACCCACAGAGCAGCUGAAGUUCGUGGGCAUCGAACGGGAAAUGGAAAUAGUUUAAGCAAGAGUCUACUUAUGAAUCUAUUAUCAUAAAAUGGAAUACAACUAUAUUUUAAAACACA